CUUCAAGCAGGCUUUCGUUCAUUUCCAAAUUCAAUUUAAUAUAUAAUAACUCAAUAUUUAUAUUCGAAUAAACUUUGUAAUAGAACAUUGUAGAAAAUGGCAGGCAACGACGUCCUGAUUGUGUCGCCGCUGAACGUGAAGUUCCAAUCUCCGUUUCCGCACAUACAGAAGCGACAGCUGAGUCUGCUCAAUCUGGGCUCCCAGCCCGUCGACUACUCCAUAGACAUUGACAAUGCGACGCUCUUCCAAGUACAGCCCACCUGUGGCCGCGUGUCGGGCUUCGACACCAUCGAGCUGAGCAUCAUCAUGCAGCCGGUAGAGGGUGAUCAGCCGGGCUGCUCUUUGAGAGUCAAGCACAGGAUCAAGGACGUGUUGGGUAGUCACCAGGCGCUGGAGGAUUGGAAGGAUGCGCGAGUAACUGUGGUUGCCAUUACGCUCGAGAACUCUGUGGUGAACGAAAAGGAGUUGCUCAAUAUGUUUGGCGAAAUCGAUGGAAAGACCAAGGACCUCAUCGAGAUCAUGGAGAAGCAGUACCAGCCCUUGUGCCACAAAUGCAGUAUGAAGCGCUUCCAGCAAUCUGCAAAGAAGCGCAACAAGCUAAGGCAUCUCUGGUGGCCGUUUCUGGUAGCCGUGCUGUCGCUAUUGAGUUACUGUCUGUGGUCGCUAAGCAGAGUGUAUGAGUACAACCCUGACGCGGCCUACUAAAGGGGCGAGCUGGAGGCGUGUAGCUGUAACAACAAUGCAAAUCAAUUAUUAAAUUAUGCAAAUAGAAAACUACGCCUCAAGCA